AUGCCACGACCGAAGAAGGACGCAGGCGCGGAGCCGAAGAAGAGAAGUCGCAACGGUUGCUGGGGUUGUAAGGGCCGCAAGGUGAAAUGCGGCGAGGAGAAGCCGUCAUGUAGCAAUUGCGUCAAGACGGGCGAGCCGUGCGACUACAGCAUCCGCCUGAAUUGGGGCGGACGAGGCCGCAAAGACCUGGACGGCUCGCGUGUCGAGACUGGUGGCUUCACGUUCGUGAGUCGGCCCAGCGUGGGCUCGCACUCGAAGAGCAGCAGUGCGGGCCAAGAGCACGUCUUCUCCGCCCAGCACAUUGCCACUGCCCCACCACCACCUCCCCGCCGGCACUCCACCGACCUGCCCACUCCGGACGCCACGCCUGAUGGCGAGGGAGCGACGCUGGACCCGCGGCUGAGGACGACGAACGACUCCCAAACAACGCAGUACACCCUGCCGCCUUACCUCAGCUUCGGCUAUCCCCAGGCGUCCACGCUCAGCGAGCGCUCUCCCCCAACAUCCGCACCAACUGAGGAGGAGUUUCGCUGGUCUCCUCAGCAUGGAGCGAAACGGAUGAAACUCAGCUCUAUCAACAGCCCCCCGAACGGGCAGAACAGUCCGCGCUUCGCCAUUCCUCAACACCCCACCCAGGCCGAACAGUCCCCGGGCUCUACGCACUUCACUCCCCACAGCAUCAGUAGCAUUGUCAACACCCCUGCCACCCCGGGAUCCAGCAUCCACUCCAGCUCACCAUUCCCACAGCAUGCCCAGCCUCCUUCGGCAGUGCAAGGUCCUCCAGACCUUCGCCGUUUGUCAGUGAAGUCUCUUCUGGCCGAGCCAACAGAUGAGCCGGAGCGGCCUCGAUACUAUCGAAGAGAUAGCAUGGGCUACCGCACGUAUGGCUAUGAUCACGGCUUCCCCGAUACCGAUUCUCCACGCAACGACGAUAUGAACGUCAUCCAGCCUCGGUCUCCUGACCUCCGACGUGCCAGCGCUGCAGUUUCGGAGGUGAGUUCGUCCAGCGGCGAGUUGGAUUCCCGCCAGAUUGCUUUUGAGCCUGGUGGAUACUAUGCAGAGCCAGUUCCCGUGAAGAUCCCAAAAGCACUGGAGCCGCUACCACAAGAGCUGCUUGAGAAUCCGAUGAAUCUCCUGUAUUUCCACCACUUCAUCAAUCACACCGGCCGCAUUCUUGUUCCGCACGAUUGUCCUGAAAAUCCAUUCAGAGGCGUGCUGCCGCAAAUGGCGGUGCGCAACCGGCAUCUUCUCCACCUCAUGCUGGCAUACUCUGCUUCUCACCGUGCACGCCUGCUCCACCACGACGAGCCAGCCAACCGCAUUGCUGCCUGGAUGGCCGAUGUCGUUCCAGCUCUUCGGGAAGCUCUCAACGAACCGUCCUCGCCAGGCGUCGCAGACCCUACGGACCCAUCGUCGUUGGCCCCGCUUGCCACAGCAAUCAUGCUGGCAUCGCUAGAGAUCGUCAGUCCGGAGACUUUCUCGGUCUCUAUCCCAUGGAGGCAACAUCUGAACAUUGCCCGGCAGCUGAUCGUCUCAAAGGGCGGUCUCGACCAGCUGGCCUUUAAAGCCGAUGGCGCUCGCGACAAAGCCAUCUUUUUCCUCAGCAGAUGGUUCGCGUACCUCGAUGUUCUCGGCAGCAUCAGCAGCGGGCAACAGGAGCAGCCACUGUACGGCGCAUACAUGGAAGACGGUGGAGGCUUGUGGCUGGUCAACCGAGGCGAUGUCGAAGUGAAUCAGAUUGACUGCUUCUUUGGCUUCAGUGGUAAGUGCAUUGCGUUGCUCGCGAGGGUCGCUGAGCUGGCUGCGCAAUGUGGCAACCAGCGCGUCGACCUGGUCACCGGUCGCUCGCGUACGGAGUGGGGCCCUCCCGAAGACGUCCGCAAGCAAGCAGAAGAUGUGCUGGAGAAGAUCCGCGCGAGCGCGAAGAGUUGGUACGGCGGAUGUACGCACCAAGACCGAUACAAUGUCAAAUCACCUGGCGACAAGUCUGACCAGGAUAUCGCGGAGAUCUAUGCCACCAACGAAGCCUACCACUGGGCUGGCCUUAUCCACUUGUACCGUCGCGUUCUUGCGCUGCCUCCCUCGGCCCAGGAAGUGCAAGACAACGUCGUACUCAUCAUUCGCGCGCUGUCAAAGGUACGACGAGGUAGCUCGGCAGAGAGCAAUCUGCUGUUUCCCAUGUUCACCGGUGGCUGCGAAGCGUUGACCGAGGAGCACCGACGCGUGUUCAUGGAUCGGCUCAAGGCUAUCGAGGGCUGGGGAAUGGCGCAGGUCGAAAGAGCAAGGAUCUUGAUGGAGGAAGUUUGGAGGACCGGCAAACCAUGGGAGACCCUGGUUGAUGGAGAGUUCUUCGGGUGA